CAUCUUGAUCCAAGCUUCGAAUCCUCCCCCUCGAACAAAACUCCGAGAAAGCAAUCUUCAAUCGUCCAACAGCAAAGUCUGAAUCGUCCCGACAAUCGUCAAGAUGGGUUCCAACGCUGAAGCUCCCAAGAUCACCCUCUACACCGCACACCAAUGCCCCUGGGCCCACCGCUCCCAAAUCGUCCUCCGCGAGCUUGGUCUCGAAUUCGAAACCGUUAUCAUCGACCUCACCGUUCCCCGCACUCCCGAAUACCUAGCCAUCAACCCCCGCGGUCUCGUCCCCGCCCUUGAAUACAACGGCCGCAUCCUGACCGAAUCCGGUCUCAUCGCCCAAUUCCUGGUCGAUGCUCACCCCAGCCACCUAUCAAAGACCAGCUCUGAGCCCGGCGGAGCAUUGUGGCGCUACCAGGCCAACUUCUUCGUCGACACCUAUUUCAGCAAGGUCCAGCCUUUGUUCAACUCGACUCUCUCGGCGAAGGGCGAGGCGAAGGAGAUUGAGGGAACUAAAUUCACCGAUGCGAUUGUGAAGGAGAUUGAGCCUCUUCUCGCAGAUGCAGCGCCGUUCUUUGGUGGUUCUAGCCGUCUUACCAUCGCUGAGGUCCAAACCGGAUCCUUCAUCCUACGCGUCCUCAGCUUUCCUAAAUACGAAGCCCUGCUCCCGAAAUCCGUUCUGCCCACACUAGAAAGCAAAGCGCCGAACUUCUGGAAGUGGGCGCACGCCGUCGUCGCUGAGAAGAGCGUUAAUGCUAUCUGGGACGAGAAGAAUGUGGCGGAGAAGACCACGGCCAGGAUCCAGAAGAUCACGGCUGCGAAGUGAGGAGCUCACUUUGAAUAUUGUGGAAUUGGAUGUGUGAGGGCUGAUUGAUGAGGUGUAGGAUUUGAUCGUUUAGGUUUUAUGAAUAGCAAGCGAGUAUGCAAGCAUUCUAUUUGAUCAGUAUUAAUCUGUGAGGAGAGUAUUCGUGGCGCUCCCCAUCUUUUUUUGAACUUUCUAUAUCCCCUCCCCACAGCGGAACGUACUAUAGAACUCCUGAUGAUAGAGUAAAAACAUCAAAAGUCCCAUUACUAUUACC